AUGGCCCACGUCCCCCAAUGGGUCCGAGACCUCAAGCCUUCUGGUCCGCAAGGCUCGGAGAUUCUUGCUCAAGAGCGGGAUGGCUCUGCGGUUAAUGUGGAACAAUUGAAGACGUUUCUGUUUGGACAGGAGGCAUUGCAGAGGAAGCAGAAAGUGCUGAAGGUUCUUCAGUCGGAGAAGGUGUUUGAGAAGAGCCAGGAUUACUUCGAGGGCAGGACGGACAAGUUUGAGCGAGCAUUGGCGAGGGCCAAGAAGCUGAGACAGCUCACUGUCAAGCAUGGCUGGAAUGAUACCGAGCAGAGAGCGGCCAAUGACUUGAUCAGCGAGCCGCUGCCAUACGGCCUGCACGAGGGCAUGUACCUCAAGACUCUCCGCGAUCAGGGCACGCCGGAGCAGCACGAGAAGUACCUCAAGCAUGCAGAGGCUUACCAGCACAUUGGAUGCUACGCGCAGACGGAGCUUGGACACGGAAGCAAUGUGCGAGGCUUGGAGACGACUGCGACGUGGAACUCGGACGACAAGACUUUUACUAUCCACUCGCCGCACCUGACGGCUUCGAAGUGGUGGAUCGGAUCGCUGGGCAAGAUGGCCAACCAUGCGUCUGUCAUGGCUCAGCUGAUCAUCGAUGGCAAGUCGUAUGGACCGCAUCCGUUUGUUGUGCAGAUUCGCGAUUUGAAGACCCAUGAACUUCUGCCGAAUGUGUACGCUGGCGAUAUUGGCCCAAAGUUUGGAUACAAUACCAUGGACAACGGGUUCUUGCUCUUCAACCACGUCAAGGUCCCCCAUGUUGCCAUGUUGGCAAGAUUCUCGGCUGUCGACCCUAAGACGAACAGAUAUCUGAAGCCUUCUUCACCGACGCUUGUCUACGGCACACUCACGUGGGUCCGAAGCACUAUCGUCCUGCAAUCUGGCAGUGUCCUCGCUCGUGGUGUUACCAUCGCAACUCGCUACCUUGCUGUCCGUCGUCAAUUCCAGGAUCGUGAUGCUCCAGAAUGGCAAUUGGGCGAGAACCAGACUCUCAACUACACCAUGGUACAGAUCCGCCUGCUCCCACUCCUCGCCACUUGCUUUGCUCUGCACUUCACUGGCAAGGGCAUGAUGGCUCUUUAUGAAGCCAACCAGAAGAAGAUGUCUCAGCGUAGUAGUAAAGACCAGCAGGAGCUUCGCGGCGCAGGACCUGAAGAGACACAGUCUGGCUCUGACCUCCUUGCGGAUCUUCACGGCACUUCAUGCGGUCUUAAAUCACUCUGCUCCCAGACCGCCGCUGAGGGUCUCGAGGCCUGCCGCCGUGCCAUGGGUGGUCAUGGAUACUCGGCCUUCUCUGGCGUCGGUCACUGGUUCCUCGACUACGUCCCGACCUGCACCUGGGAGGGCGACAACUACAUGCUCACGCAACAAGUCGCCCGCUACCUCCUCAAAUCCGCUCGUUCCGUCCUCAAAGGCAACGAGCCCAACAACGACACAACCGAAAUCCUCGCCCACUACCUCAAACGCCAAGACGUCGGCGCCGCCUUCGACAUCCUCGGCAAAGACGAAGACAUCGUCGCCGCCUACGCCUGGCGCUCCGCCUACUUCAUCUUCGAAGCCCUGCGCCAGCGCGACGAGCUCAAACAAUCCUGGAACUCCCUCCUCGUGCAAUUCUACAAACUCUCCCGCGCCCACUCGCAAUACCUCGUCGUCAAGAACUUCUACGAAACCCUCCAAUCCCCCUCCAUCUCCUCCGAGCUCGACCCGGAGACCCUCACCCUCCUGCACAAGCUCUUCCGCCUCUACGCCCUGCACACCCUGGAGUCCGAGUCUUCUGAAUUCUUCACCUCCUCCGCCUGCACCGUCUCGCAGAUCCGGCUCGCGCGCACCAAGGCUGUCAUGCAGCUGCUCGAGGAGAUCCGCCCUCAUGCGAUCAGACUGGUGGAUAGUUGGGAUUUCCCGGAUUUCCAGCUCAACUCGUCGCUGGGACGGUACGAUGGCAAGGUGUAUGAGGAUAUGUUCUAUCGGGCGAGUGAGUUGAAUCCGCUGAAUCGGAUUACGGUGGAUCCGUACCCGGAGAGCGCGACGCUGUUUAAGAAGGACGAGAGCAGGAACUUGAAGGGGAAGCUUUAG